AUGCCUAGAACACCCCCGUCGGACUCUGACCCAAUCCAUUCCGUGGGCAACCGCGCCAACUUCCAGCAUCGGAGUUGCAACUACGACGAUUCGGCACUUACAGAAUCGGAUGCUCAGGAGAAGCGUUCUCAGCCUAGUAUCGCACAGAGGCGGGCCUCACACAAUGCUGUCGAACGAGCUCGCAGAGAAACGCUGAAUGGCCGUUUCUUGGAUCUGGCUGCACUCUUACCGAAUCUGAAACACCUUCGCCGGCCGUCCAAAUCGUCCAUCGUCAACUCAUCGAUCGCACACGUCCGUGCGGCGCGCCGCUACCGUCUCCUUGCUUCCCAGCAGCUCCGGACGUUGGAUUCCGAGUGUGAGCAGCACCGCCGGGAAGUCAACCGCUGGCGUGCACGGGCGGGUUUCAAGCUGAUACAAACGCCCCUUCGAUCCGAAGCCUUCCAGCUCAUCUUGAGCGGGGAAGAGCCGGAGUUCGACCCCCUCGAUCUCGAUGGGUUGUUCGAGGACGAGGACGAGCUGUUUCCGUCCCGACGACGCACGGCUCAGGCUGAUGAGGCGUCGUGCGAGGGACCGCUGGUGCUCGUCGAUCCGUACCAGGGCCAUGCAGAUCGCGGCACGCGUGAGCACGAGAAACAGUUCGACGAGCGAGAUGCGCACGCAUCUGACGCGACACCCACGAUAUAUACCCCUCCAGAUCACCUCCCGGCGUUCCCAGCCCAGCUGCGCUCCUUUCCACGUGAUUCCUCCGUCCAGUCAUCCCCGCAGUAUCUUGAAACACCGCCAAGCAGCGGGUACAGCGUGGGCCCCACCGGCUUCGCCGAGCAGCAGGAGGAAGCCUGGAUGUUCUUCGAAGGACACGCUGUACCUAUUGUUUUCCAGCUCCAAGAGGCUCCAAGCAACACUGAUCACGCAACCCCGCCUAUUGUCCAUAUCCAACGGAUCAACUAUCAAACCAUCACCCAUCAAACCAUCAAUCACCACGCGGCGGUGUCAAUUGUCAAUUGUCAUCUGCAAGGGCCGCUGACCCGGCCUUCUUCUUCUCGUGCUUCGUUGUCGUCUUUCCAGAAACCGCCCGCCCUUUCAUCCCCUCAGGAGGCGAGCGAGCAUGGCUGCGUCCCUCGAGCACCUGCGCGCGGAGAUGGCCGCCUGGCAGGACGCUCUCUCUGCUCACGACGCGGGCGACCUGCAGCGGUCCAUCCGGCUCUUCGAGGCGAGUCACGCACAUAUGGCGCACGGCCCAUCGCGGAGACCUCCAAGAUCAUCGUGAACGUGGCGCUGAUAUACGACCGCCUGGGCGAGCGCGCGGAGGCGAUCGAGCAGUACACAAAGGCGAUUGAGCUAGACCAGUACCUCGCUGUCGGGUACUUCCAGCGCGGCGUGUCGCGGUUCCACGCGGGCGACUUCGAGGGCGCGGCACAGGACUUUGGCGAAGCGGAGCGAAUGAUGCGGACCAACGUCGAGAUCGACUACGACGUGCUUGGAUUGAACUACAAAUUGAAGCUUCCCGAGAUCCGGUACAACAAAUGGCUUGCCUUGUCCCGACUGGACCGUACCGCGGACGCACGGGACGCUUUGAAGGCUUUCAACAAGAGCACGCCCUCGCCAGAUCUAAGUGCUAGGAUGAAAGCCUCGGUUAAGGAUGUCAUCAAUGCCGAGCCUUGCUCUUUGCCUUCCGGGACUUUAUAUCGACCUUCACCCAUCAAGUUGCAGAUGCUGAUGGGCGCAGCUCCCUCCUCCCCGUCCUUUCCCGCUCCUCCUGCCACCAUUCCGCCAACUACAACAGUAGCUGAGCAAUCAACAAGAAUAGAAUCCUCGUCGAAACCAAGCAAAAAGCGACACAAGAAGAAUCAGCAGUCGAUAAGUUCUGGCGAAGCUCCCGAUGCACCUGCCGAUGUGACCAGCUCCGAGUCAUCACGCGUCCAGCGCUCUUGGUUCUUCCGCCUCUUCUCCAUCUUUACAAGGAAGGCUUGAGAGCUCUUGUCCCCCAUAUCUGCGUGCUUUGCUGUCUUAUGUUAUGUAUUCUAUAUAUCUAUCUAUCUCGUACCCGUAGGAUUUUUUUACAUACCUUAGAACAUCUCCGCGGUCGGUUGGAAUCUGGAUUUCUGUGUACUCUUAAUUUAUUGCGUGGUUUGCGCGGUGGCUGCCUGUGA